UACAUUCAUGAAAUAAUCACUUUCAGGAGUCUGAUGUAAUUUUUAUUAUAAAGGAAAUCGAUGUAGCUGCCAUGUAUAUUUUGAUUCAGAACGAAAAAUACAACAAUUAUGAACAGAAACCUGUAGUCAUGCAUCUUUAUUGUAUUUCUUCACUUUAUUUUCCUCCAAGUCUCAUACACCGUAUUCAAUCUUUACGAGGUGUAGUGGUGGAGGUAACGUUGGUUAGUGGUGGAAAACACGACAUGAGUUGUGUCCAUUUCAUGCGUUAACCGAACCUAAAGUAAAUCACUCAAGAUGGAAAUGUUAAAAGUGUUCAUUCGUCUAGCAUUUUCAGUGUAUGCGACAUGUGCAGACGAAUCACCGACGUAUGCAGCAAUUGCAACAGAGGAAACAAACCUCUAUGGCACUUUGUCAGUGUUGACCGACCAACACCUCCAUGGGACUGUGCUAUUGAGGAUGACCCCAAAUUUUGACAUGAAUAUCAGCGUUGUUUGGAAAUACGCCUUCAAACAUGGUUCAAUUGCAAGUGCAAGAACAGUUACACCAAACGACACAAACUUCCGGUUGAAUGAAAAUGGUGCUUUAUACUUAAUGCUUAUAAAAGCAAGCAUUGACUACAACGAAACUUACUUUUGGGUUGAGCAGUCAGACAGGAGAAAAGUUAUGUCGCCAUUUAUUCAGCUGAUUCUGAAAGAAACAUGUAACACCAAUACCAACAAAGAUGCAGAUCAUACUUUGUUUCCUCUCGUUCUGUCAACGACCAUUGGAAUCAGUGUUGUGCUCUUGCUCUUUAUUGGAAACUUGAUAUUCUUCAUUCCUGCUAUCAAGAAAACGGAUUUAUAUCAAAGACUGGUGUUGAGAAGAAGGGGUACUAACGGGACACAAGAACAAAAUUACAGCGCUUGCUAUGAAGAAAAACCUUCGUCUAGAGCUUAUUCGUACAGUUUGCCGAUAUAGCCCCAAAAGCACCUUAUUGACGAAGUUGUUUUUAAGGAAUGGACUGAAAAACUUAAUUGAAUUAUUAUUUUUCAAAAUUGUAUCCAUGCAGGUUGUUUUUGACACCUGUCAAAUGCAUAUCGGAUCACGCUGUGCUUGUAGCUUAUGAGAUGACCAAGGUGUUACGGUUGUUUUCGGAGCUCAUGGGAGUUGUCCGAGGCAAUGGCGACUUCAAAAUGCUACAAUCAAUUAAUAAACAGAGGAUUCCAUUGCUAUAGGUCCAGAUGUUAUAGACACAAUAAACAUGAGAUUUAUCAACGGAACUAUGUUGUUUAACUGCAUCAAUGCUCAUGAAUAAUGCUACAUCAACACAAAACUUUCAUUUGUUCUGGUUAUAUAUGAUUGGUUUGUUUGAAUACCUAAUAAAAAGC